AUUGUCAGAACGGAACUGUAUAGAAAUUGUCACUAAACUGGUUGCGGAAAAGCAGUUGGAAGUAGUGCACACACUUGAUGGAAAAGAGUAUGUCACUCCAGCACAGAUUAGUAGGGAGAUCCGGGAUGAGCUUCACGUUUGUGGUGGUCGAGUAAACAUUGUUGACUUACAACAGGUAAUAAAUGUAGACCUUCUGCACAUUGAAAACAGAGCUAACGACAUCGUUAAAUCUGAAAAAACUAUUCAGCUUGUACUGGGACAGCUUAUAAAUGAGAGUUACCUGGAUCAAUUAGCAGAAGAAAUAAACGAUAAACUACAGGAAACUGGCCAGGUGACAAUAUCAGAACUCUGCAAGGCAUACGACCUUCCAGGAGACUUCCUGAUACAGGCAUUAUCCAGGCGUUUGGGUAGAAUUAUUCAUGGACAACUAGACCAGGAAAACCGUGGGGUGAUUUUUACAGAAGCCUUUGUGUCCCGGCAUCGAGCACGCAUUCGUGGUCUCUUCACUGCAAUUACUCGGCCUACACCUGUAAGUAACUUGAUCACUCGGUAUGGAUUUCAAGAACAUUUACUUUACUCUGUGCUAGAAGAACUUGUUAACACUGGUCGUCUAAAAGGCACCGUGGUUGGUGGGAGACAGGAUAAGGCUGUGUUUAUUCCAGACAUCUAUGCCAGAACACAGAGCAACUGGGUGGAUUCCUUUUUCAAGCAGAAUGGUUACUUAGAAUUUGAUGCACUGUACAGACUUGGCAUCCCUGACCCAGCAGGCUACAUUAAAAAAAGAUACAAGUCCACACAGCUCUUAUUUCUGAGAGCAGCUUGUAUUGGUCAAGAAAUUGUGGAUCAAGUUGAAGCCUCUGUAGAGGAAGCCAUCAGCUCUGGAAACUGGAUAGAUGUAGCAACUCUUCUGCCCAGCUCAUUGUCAGUAGAUGAUGUUGGGAUUUUGCUUCAACAAGUGAUGAGAUCUUUAAACAAAAAUUCUUCAGGUUCAGUCUUCAGUGACACCAUUGUGGUCAGUGAGAAAUUUCUAAGCAGCUGUGCUGAUCUAUUUUCUGAUAUGAUGCGACAGAAAGCUGAAAAGGAAAUGAAAAAUAACCCUGUUAAUUUAAUCACUGAAGAAGAUUUAAAACAGGCUUCUGGUUUAGAGAACUCAUAUGCUAAUAAAAAAGACAAAAAGGAUGAAAGAAGAAAGAAAGCAACAGAGGGCAGUGGAAGCAUGAGAGGAGGAGGAGGUGGUAAUGCUAGGGAGAUCAAGAUUAAGAAAACCAAGAAGAAAGGAAGAAAGGAUGCUGACAGUGAUGAAGAGUCGCAAGCAACUAGUACAGGUAGGAAUAAGCAGCCGGAGUUCCCUUUCAUGUCACAAGAGGAAAUUCAGGAUGUUUUAAAGACCCACAUGCAGGAUUGCCCUGAAGAGCUUAUUUCAGAACUUGCUGAACAUCUAAUAAGACCUUUAACAAAAACUUAUCAGGAAGUUGUGCGUUCUGUUUUUACGUCUUCAACAUCUUCCUCUGGAGCUAGCAGAAGACAGACUAUGAAGGACUUGCAGGAGGAAUUCUCAAACUUGUACAACAACAUUCGGUUAUUUGAAAAGGGAACAAAGCAUUUCACAGAUGAGACUCAGACUAACCUUGCCAAACACCUAUUGAAGACUGUCUGUACAGACAUUACAAACCUUAUUUUCAACUUCCUGGCAUCUGAGUCAAUGAUGACAACAGAAAAUUAUUCUACAAUCACAAGUGAGGUCCGGACCAAGAUUUUAGGUAAAUUGCCAGAAGACACCAAAGGUCCUUUAACUAAACUGCAUACUUCUCUGAAUGGCAAGAGUGUAGAAGAUUUUCUUUCAUGCCUUGAUUCCGCAGUGGAUAUUUGUGGUAUUAUGGUGAAAAAAGGAGACAAAAAGAAGGAAAGGCAAGUCCUGUUUCAGCAUAGACAAGCUCUGAUUGAGCAGCUAAAAGUCACAGAAGAUCCAGCUCUUGUUCUGCACCUGACAUCAGUACUGUUAUUUCAGUUUUCAACCCACUGUAUGCUUCAUGCACCAGGAAGAUCAGUACCACAGAUCAUUCAUUUCCUAAGUGGCAAGAUCCCAGAGGAUCAGCAUUCUCUGUUAGUCAAAUACCAGGGAUUAGUAGUGAAACAAUUGAUCAGCCAGACUAAGAAAACUGAACAUGGAGAUGGUGACGCAACAGAAAACCUGGAAGAGGAGGAAGGAGCAGAUACCAUUCGAAAAGAGCUCCAGGAAAUCACUACCUCUAUCAAAGAUCUUGUUCUCAGACCUAGGAAAUCUUCUGUAACAGAGGAAUAAAAUUAUUAUUCAGUGCAUCCACAUCCAUGUUACAGUCAGAUUUUAUUUUUUUUAUCCUGAAGGGAAGGAUAUCAGAAAAUGCUUGACAAACUUUAAAAUUUGGCUUCUAACAAUUGCAAAUCACAGCCAGGGAACACAGUUGUUGAGUGAUGGUGGCAAAUGGAGUUUUGUUAUGUAGAACUACCAUGUACGUGUAACACACAUUAAAUGUAGAUGUGACAGAGUGCAGUUGUGGACACUUUGGGUAUGAAAUUAGUGUUUUUUAAUUGGCAUCUUCAUGUGAGGCCUCAAGAAAUGGUUAU